AUGGAGGUAGCAGCAGGUGCGGUUGUCGCAGAACAAGCAGUAUCCACUGCUGUCGAAGCAGGCGUCGCCUACGGUAUCGCAAAACCCACUCCUCCAUUGUCUGCAACUUUCACACGGAUCUCAAGCCCCGCUUUCCUCCCGCGAUUGAAGCAUUCUCUCGCCGUCGUCAAUGGGCAGAUAUACCUUUUUGGAGGCGAGGAUGAAACGGGAAAGCUGGCAGGAGAUGAAGUGCAUAUCGUCAGCUUGCCAUUGAAGAGCGCAGGGAACGAAGGCAAACCAGAUUACAGUGAAGGUGAAGAUGGGAAGGUCCCUGGGAAAAGAGCAGGACACAGUUCGAUCGCCGUUGCAGGCAAGAUCUACAUCUUUGGUGGAAGUGGAGAAGAUGGAAAGCCAAUUGAAGAGAUGGGACGCGUUUGGAUGUACAACACCAAGACUCUGGGCUGGAGCUACAUUGAUCCUGCUGAGGACGCGUCGCUUCCUCCUGCACGACACAUGCAUGGCGCUGUAUCCAGCGAUCGACCAGCUUCGGCCACCAAGGCAGGGACUCAGCACACUAUGACCGAGCAGAUUUCCUCAACCAUAUCCAAGCUUCCCAGUAUGAUCUCAAAAACAUCCAUCGACGACGGCCCUUCAGAGCCCCAUGGUACACUCAUCAUUCAUGGCGGCCAAUCUGCUUCCUCAAGUGUUCUCAACGAUACUUGGGCCUUCAACAUCGCAACUCGCACCUGGUCCUCCCUCCUUCCACUCCCCUCGUCAUCCUCCCCAACGUCUAGCCUCGCCUUCGUAUAUUCUACCCUGUACACCAUAAGUGGCACCACAGAAUUUGCACAUGAGAUCUCCACCCUCCCUCUUAAGCCUAAGUCCUACAUCAAUCUCGCGGGCGAGAAUACCGAAGACUUCCUCUCUACACAAGAAACCUGGUCCACCAUCACUAUCCCUACUAAUCCUCUCACACCCGGUCCAAAAUCUCGCACUGGUGCCCCAUUCCUCCCAAUAUCCACCGGUGCAGGACGGGACUAUAUCCUCUACCUCCUCGGCGAGCAAACCUCCGCCCCAAAAAGUCCGCCCGGCACAGAUUCCGACGAUAAGCCUGACCCCUCAUCUACAACCCCAGAAAACACACCAGUCUACUACUCAGAUACCUGGGCAUAUGGCCUCGCACCACCCGCUACCACGCCUGCAGGGAUCAAAGAUGCCAUUCGCUCGACAGUGGGCGCGUCGGUCAGCUCAGCAACAUGGGCAGAAGUCAUAGUCGAUGCAAACGUGGAGCCUGAAGCGGGAGAGGCAACUGAGACUGGCGGCAAAGCACACCCGGGGCCAAGAGCGUGGUUUGCAGCCGACAGAUUGGAAGGUGGAAAGGGCGUUGUCAUGUGGGGUGGACGGAAUGGUAGGGGUGAGGUUGAGGGGGACGGAUGGCUUGUAAAUGUGGCUUGA